AUGCGGAAAAUGUGUUGGAUCUCGACUCCGAUCUGGCAAUGGAGGAGACGGUUUUCGGAUGAGGAGACGGGAGGAGAUGAGGUGGACGAGACAGAUGAAGUGGAUGGGAUGGUAGCUUGUGAGGUGCAGUCAGGUCACAAUGAGUGGUGUAUUGUCUGCCGCGAUGGUUCAAGUGACCACGAGUUUCUGAACAAUUUGCCGGUUUUGCCCACCUUCCUCCCAAUCCGCAGUGCGCUGGAAGUAUCUCUGCAAUCGCAGAUUUCUUCCACACCUGUGAUAUUAAUCCACCUCACACUUGUCGACUUUGAAACUUCCGGUGGACCUUUCGACCUCAUGUUCCGGUUCCUCUCCCCCUACUUUCCAUGCGGAGGUAUCGCUUUCCACGAACUCAUCUUUGACGUCGGCUCCAAGUUAAAGAGCAACGGGUACCAAGUCAAGUUUUUGGACAUCAUCCUCACACCAUGGCAGCCACUCAUCAAAUCUGCCAAAGACUCUUACCUAUGGUUUUUGUCUUGUGGCGCUCUGAUUAACAAUGAAGAGUCCUUUUCGUCCUUGCAAACGGCCGUCCUUCAUCAUCACAUUACAGCUACCAUCUGCUUCAAUGCCAUCUGUUUCCAGCCAACCUUUGCGGCUCCUCUUCUUCUAGCGUUUGCAGAACUCGUCCUGACUGAAUGUCUGCCUAUUCGCGAAGUUUUUCCGGACAUGCUUAUGCAGUCCUAUAAACUUGGCAGACACACUGACGUGUUCUUAUUGAUGACUAAUGCUGGUUGCGCCUUGGACAUCACUAGAUUUGCAUGGACGCAUUGCAAGGAACGCCCUUGGGGCCACCAUCUUCCACUCCAAUGCCCUCAGUGUGGAUGGGCUAAUUCUUGGCAUUCAGCCAACCACAAGAAGACCUACUCAUUUGAAUGCAUGAACUCAAAGUGCAGGAAAGGGUAUUUCUUCAGCCCCCCAGAGGACUCUGUGAUCCUAUCUCAUGCCAGAAAGAGUGGUUCCUGCUGGAUUGCAGUUGGUGUGAAGGCCAACCUUCUUGUGUUGGGUUGA